AUGUCCACCACAGCAGCAGACGAAGGCCACCUGCGGUCAGGGAGCACUCUAUCCGAUACAGCCACACUAACGUCCAACACGCCCCAAUCGUCGGCGUUUAUCAAGCCUGGUGUGCUUCCCGUGAAAGAGGGCUCGAUAACUAACGGUGGUCCUACCCCCGUCGUCAUUCCGCCUGAACAUGCUGCGCGGACGUUGGUGUUGUGUUUUGAUGGGACGGGUGACCAGUUCGAUGCGGAUAACUCGAGCGUCAUUGAAUUCUUCAGCAUGCUCGCAAAAGACGAUCCAGACAGACAGAUGGUGUACUACCAAGCUGGUAUAGGCACGUAUACGCCUCCGCAGAUCGCUACACCCCUGUUCGCAAAGUUCUCCAAGACUCUGGAUGAAGCUAUCGCGUGGAACCUUGAUGCUCACAUCAUGGGCGGAUAUGAGUUUCUCAUGCAAAACUAUAAAGGCGGCGACAGAAUCUGCAUCUUCGGCUUUUCUCGAGGCGCAUAUACCGCACGUUGCCUUGCCGGGAUGAUCCACAAAAUUGGGCUCCUGCCAGCAUGCAACCACCAGCAAAUCCCAUUCGCGUACAAGAUGUACACGCGCCCUGACGAAUUGGGUUGGAAGCAGUCAAACGCAUUCAAGAGGGCUUUCUCAAUCGAUGUUGAUAUUGAGUUCGUUGGGGUUUGGGACACAGUCAAUUCCGUGGGCCUAAUCCCCCGCCGCCUCCCAUUCACAACAUCAAACACCAUCGUCCGCACAUUCCGACACGCCGUCUCCCUAGACGAGCGCCGCGCAAAAUUCAAAGCGAACCUCUGGAACCGGCCCAAUGACGAUGAAAAGACACUGAGUGUGACUGAUCAGCAUGUUGAGUUGAUUAAGCAGAAGGCUGGGCCGCAUCCUAGUAAAUCUAGGUUGCAUGCGCUUGAGAGGCAGUAUGGUGUUGAGAGGUUGAAGGCGACGGAUAUUGAUGAGGUUUGGUUCGCUGGAUGUCAUUGUGACGUGGGCGGCGGUUCUGUGGCAAACGGCGCCAAACCCGUAUUAGCACGCAUCCCCCUCCGUUGGAUGAUCCGCGAAACCUUCAAACGCGAAACAGGGAUAAUGUUCCACGCCGACGGACUCAAACUCAUAGGCCUCUCCCCCUCCUCGCUCUACCCCCUCGUCUUACCACGCCCACUCGCCCUCCCCGUCCCCGCAACACUCUCCCUCCUGCCUAUCCCCAAGACGCCGGAAGAACCCAUAUACGACGCCGCUGAAGCCUUUCCCACCGAGUCAGAGGAAGAACUCGACCUCCACGAUGCCCUGGCGCCUAUAUACGAUCAACUUAAGUUGAGUUGGUGGUGGUGGAUUUUGGAGAUUAUUCCGCUUAAGCAGAGGAGGCAGCGGAGCGACGAUGUUUGGGUUACGUGGUUUGCGUGGAAUUGGGGGAGGGGAAGGGUUAUUCCGGGGCAGGGGAAGAAGGGGGUUAGGGUUCAUAGGAGUGUUAAGAUGAGGAUGGAUGCACAAGGGGGGUAUAGGCCCAAGGCGAAUUUGGAUUUGGGGAGGGUUACUUGGGUUGAUUGA